AUGACGGCGAGGCCAAACGCAAAGGGCAAGGCAAAGGCAAAGGCGCCCGCGCCCGUGGCCAACGACGCAAACCAGGAUGAUGCCGACUUGAAGAAGUUCAUCGAGACAGGAGGCCACUUCAGCCUGGUUCGGAACUUCCAUCUGGCCGAUGCAUUCACCCUCAUGAAUGGUUUCUGUGGCGCACAGUCUCUGUUUGCUUCAGCUAGAUAUCUCAUCACAUCGGAUCCCAGGCAUGCAUGGACAGCACUUUGGUUCCCUCUCUUUGGCGCCAUCUUUGAUCUCCUGGACGGGAAAGUGGCCCGCUGGCGCAACAGCAGCUCAAUGCUGGGCCAGGAGCUCGACAGCCUGGCUGACUCUGUCUCCUUUGGUGCAGCACCUGCCUUUGCCGCAUACGCUCUCGGUCUGCGUCUCCCCCUGGACACGCUUGUCCUGACGCUGUUCAUCUGUGCUGGCAUCGCACGUCUGGCGCGCUUCAACGUCACCACUGCUUCGAUUCCACACGACUCAACGGGCAAAGCACGUUACUUCGAAGGACUUCCCAUCCCUUCCUCCCUCGUCCUCGUCGGAGGGAUGGCCAUUUGCCUGCUUGCUGGUCGUGUCGAACCUGGAGGACUGCCCAUCGCUCUGGCAAAGGAGCGCGGCGCGCUGGCCAAGGAAGGCUUGACUUUCACUGCUAGCCUGCGCGACGUGAUCCCCGGUGCUAACCUGGGACGCGGUGUUCCCUUUGGUACGAUUGGAUUCGAUGCCAGCAAGCACCUCGCCAAGGGCUUGAGCAGGCUCUCCUUCCUCGACACCAAGUCGGUUGCCUCGUGGUCCCAGCUCGCAAACAUCGAGAUUCACAAAUUGAGCUUCCUCUGGGCUGCUUGGGCCAUGGCCAUGGUCAGCAAGACGCUCCGCGUCCCCAAGCCCUAG